UGAAAAUUAAAUAAACAUUUUACUCAACUGCGUUACCCACUCCAGUCAGCAGAUGGCGGUCUGGGAAUUUAUGGUUAUGCUGUUGGUGUGACGUAUAAUCUAGUGGACGGAACGCUUCUUUCAUCAGCAGCAACAGCUCGUCAGACACCUCGGUAGCUUGCUAGACAAAAUAGCCGAACCAAUAAAGCUCUUUAGACGCUUUCGUGUAUAUUAGCCACUGUGUUUUAAACCCACUUCUGUCGUCUAGUUAGUUAUCCGAUUUAAUUUCAUAUUUACGGUGUUGUUAUUGUUCAGCUAGCGGGGUGGUUAAGUUAGCAUUAGCCUAGCUAACAUCCCCGACCAUGCGGUCACUAAGCUACUCUCCUUCUAAUGAAGAGAAGGAUAUCACAGUAAAACAAGAAGUAGAGAGUGGGGCCUUUACUGUGAAAGAAGAGGAGGACUCGUUCAGAGUGAAAGAGGAGGAUGCAGUUUAUGGCGUGAAAGAGGAGGGGGAGGAGAUGACUGUUACAUCGAAAAAGGAGGAGGAGGGAGAAGAGGAGGAACCUGGAUAUCUGGGCCCGUUUUCCCAAACGCAUCUUAAGGCAUCCAAUGGUUCUAACGAAGAAUUUAGCCAUAAGAUGGUUUUGAGAAACCGUUCCCUGAUUAACACUGGAGAGAGACGUGACUAUCGUGGAUCCUCUGGGGAGCCUCAACAACCUCAUGAUGCUGAGGAGACAGAGAAGAGUCUCUCCAGAUCAGAACACCUCAAUAAACACCCGCAGAGACCCACAGGGAAGAAAUCUCACUGCUGCUCUGACUGUGGGAAGAGAUUCACAACAUCAGGCAUUAAAAUUCAUCAGAGAACACACACAGGAGAGAAAUCUUAUAGCUGUGGUCAACGUGGGAAGAGAUUUUCUACAUCUGGCAACCUGACUCAACACCAGAGAACACACACAGGAGAGAAACCUUAUAGCUGUGAUCAAUGUGGGAGGAGAUUUGCUACAUCUGGCAACCUGACUCAACACCAAAGAACACAUACAGGAGAGAAAUCUUAUAGCUGUGGUCAAUGUUGGAGGAGUUUUACAACAUUAAUCUCUCUGAAAGUACACCAGAGAACACACACAAGAAAGAAACGUUAUAGCUGUGAUCAAUGUGGGAAGAGAUUUUCUACAACUGGCCACCUGACUCAACACCAGAGAACACACACAGGAGAGAAACCUUGUAGCUGUGAUCAAUGUGGGAAGAGAUCUGGCAAAAUGACUCUACACCAGAGAAAACACACAGGAGAGAAACAUUAUAGCUGUGAUCAGUGUGGGAGGAGAUUUGCUUCAUCUGGCAACCUGACUCGACACCAGAGAACACACACAGGAGAGAAACCUUAUAGCUGUGUUCAAUGUGUGAGGAGAUUUGCUACAUCUGGCAACCUGACUCGACACCAGAGAACACACACAGGAGAGAAACCUUAUAUCUGUGGUAAAUGUGGGAGGAGAUUUAGUCGAUCUGGAGAUCUGACAGUGCACAAGAGAACACACACAGGAGAGAAACCUUAUAGCUGUGGUCAAUGUGGGAAGAGAUUUGCUUCAUCUGGCUCUCUGACUCUACACCAGAGAACACACACAGGAGAGAAACCUUAUAGCUGUGGUCAAUGUGGGAAGAGAUUUGCUUCAUCUGGCUAUCUGACUCUACACCAGAGAACACACACAGGAGAGAAACCUUAUAGCUGUGGUCAAUGUGGGAGGAGUUUUUGUCGAUCUGGAGAUCUGACAGUGCACAAGAGAACACACACAGGAGAGAAACCUUAUAGCUGUGGUCAAUGUGGAAAAGGUUUUAGUCAAUCUGGCUCUCUGGCUCAACACCAGAGAACACACAGGAUUGAAAUCUCAUAGCUGUGACCAGAGAUAAUCUGAUAAAUGAUCUCUGAUCAAAUAUUAGAAAAUACAUACAUGAAGUAGUUGUUCCAUGAUUUCAAUGAAUUAAUGUCACAAUGUAGAAUUUUUUAACAUUGUAGUAGGCGUAUUGUAAUGAUUUCACAAUGUAGAAGCCUAAACGUGUGCCCACUUGGAUCAAAUCAAAGAAGAAGGAUGAGGUGAGAAGAAAGAGGCGAGGAGAAGAAAAGAAUGGAACAGAAGGAGAGAAGAAAAAGGGGACGGAAGAAGAAGAAGGUGGAGGAGCUGAGAAGAGGGAGAAGGGGACAGU